CAUACAUGGGAAAACUAUGGUAAAGAGAGUAUGGUUAGGUCAUGUAGAUGAGAGGUGUGUAACCACAUACAGCUGGAACACGUAGCUGCUCAUUUGAGGCAACACGCUGUCGUAUCUCUUUCUGUAACCAAUCACAAAGCAACACACCGGCAACGUGGUCUUUAGUCUUUGGUUGGCGUAAUAGAAACGCUCCGCAUAAUGGUAGAGAAGCGUGUGUAAAGCAAAGUGAAAUGUGUUUAGAUUAAUAGUACUUGCGAAAAUUAGUUUUAGUGUCUUUCGUCGCAGUGGUUCUUCGUUUGCUUGAGUAAUUAAAGAUCUAGUUCCAGUGAUGCGGCUGCUGGUGGCCAUUUCCGUUGUGCUGUCACUUCUGCAUGCAGUGCAGCAUGCAGACGGCAUAGCUGUGAUGAGUGUGGAUUUGGGCUCCGAAUGGAUGAAGAUUGCUAUUGUAUCGCCUGGUGUACCGAUGGAAAUUGUGCUUAACAAAGAAUCGAAGAGGAAAACACCUGCAACUAUCGCUUUCCGGGACGGAGAGCGAUCGUUUGGUGAGGAUGCACUCGUGGUUGGAGUGCGGUUCCCCCAGAACAGUUACAGCUACCUGCUCGACUUGCUGGGGAAGAGUGUGGACAAUCCUUUGGUACAACUCUUCCAGAAGAGGUUUCCCUAUUACAAAAUAGAAGCGGACCCUGAUAGGGGCACGGUAGUCUUCAGGCAUGACAGCGAGUCGGUGUACAGUGUCGAAGAGCUGCUGGCGCAGAUGCUGCAGUCGGCGCGGCAGAUGGCGCAGGCAUCGGCGGCGCAGCCGGUGAAGGAGGCGGUGCUGACGGUGCCCGGCUUCUUCAACCAGGCAGAGCGCCGGGCGCUGCUGCAGGCAGCUGAGAUGGCUGGCCUCAAGGUGCUGCAGCUUAUCAAUGACUAUACCGCUGUUGCACUGAAUUACGGCAUAUUCAGGCGGAAAGACUUCAACGAGACAGCUCAGUACAUAAUGUUCUAUGACAUGGGAGCCAGCAGCACCACAGCAACAGUCGUCAGCUACCAGAUAGUCAAGACUAAGGACCGCGGCUUCGUCGAGACCAACCCGCAGCUCGCCGUACUGGGAGUUGGAUACGACCGAACAUUGGGCGGCUUGGAGAUGCAGCUCCGCUUACGCGACUACUUGGCGAAAAAGUUCAACGAGCAGGGAAAGACGAAGAGCGAUGUGUUCGGCAGCCCCCGUGCCCUGGCGAAGCUUUUCAAGGAGGCCGGUCGAUUGAAGAAUGUGCUGAGUGCCAACGCCGAGCACUACGCACAGGUAGAGGGUCUUUUGGAUGACGUGGAUUUCAAACUGCUGGUGACGCGCGACGAUUUCGAAGAGCUGUGUGCAGAUCUGUUUGAUAGGAUACAAAAGCCAGUAGAACAAGCUCUCAAGGCAUCUGGGCUCGACAUGAAUGUCAUCAGUCAGGUAAUCCUUGUGGGGGCUGGGACACGCGUGCCCAAGGUGCAGGAGCGGCUGGCAGCAGCGGUGGGCCUCGAGCUGGGGAAAAGCAUCAACACGGACGAAGCGGCAGCUCUGGGAGCCGUCUACAAGGCAGCCGACCUCAGCACUGGCUUCAAGGUCAAGAAGUUCCUCACCAAGGACGCCGUCCUCUUCCCCAUCCAGGUGGUGUUUGAACGAGAAUUAGAAAAUGGUGCUGGAACAAAACAGAUUCGUCGAACCCUCUUUGGCCCGAUGAAUCCCUAUCCACAGAAGAAAGUGCUCACAUUCAAUAAGCAUAUGAAUGACUUUUCGUUCUAUGUAGGCUAUGGAGACCUUGAUAGUCUUCCUGAACAUGAGAUACAAGCCCUUGGUUCGCUCAACCUGAGUCGUGUGGACCUUACUGGGGUGAGCGAGGCGCUGUCCAAGCACAAGGACUCGCACGGAGUGGAAUCGAAGGGUAUAAAGGCACACUUCUCGAUGGACGAGAGCGGCGUGCUGCAGCUGUCGGGAGUGGAGCUCGCCCUGGAGAAGACAGUCUCCCCUGAGGAGCAGGAGGCUGAGGCUGCCGAUGCCGAGGGGACACUAUCGAAGAUUGGCAGCACCAUCAGCAAGCUCUUCACCUCUUCCGAUGAGAAGAAAGAUGAGCAAAAGCAAGAAAAGGAUGAGAAAGCAGAAGAGAAGCAAAGUGAAGACAGUUCAGGAAAGGAAGGUCAAGAGGGAGGAGAUGCUGCCAGACAAGAAGGUGAAGGGAAAGAGCAAAAGUCUGACGACGAGAAAUCGGCUGGAGAGAAAUCCGAAACUGAGGAGAAAAAUGCUAAAGAGGGUGCUGAAAAGGCAGAUGCGAAAAAUGUAACGAAGCCGGCGGAAAAGAAGCCUAAAAUAAUUUUGCUGAAAGAGCCAAUCAAUGCAGCAGAAGAAAAGAGCGGUGUGCCAGCUCUUAAUAGCGAGCAGUUCCAGUCAUCGAUCAAGAAAUUGGAGUCCCUGAACGAAUUUGACGAACAGAGGAAGCGCCGUGAGAGUGCCCUCAAUGCCCUGGAGAGUUUUGUUUUUGAUGCACAAAAUAAGUUGUAUGCAGAUGAGUACCGAGCAGCUGCAACGGAGGAGGAGCUGGAGAAAAUCAAGCAAACCUGUUCAGAGGUGUCGGACUGGUUGUACGAAGAUGGCUCGGAUGCAGAUGCGCAGGCUUACGAGGACAAAUUGUCGGAGCUAAAGCAGUUGACACGGCCCUUGUUCCGCCGUGUCUGGGAACAUCAAGAGCGACCGGCUGCACUCAGUUCUCUUGGUGAAAUAAUAGAAAUGAGCUCAAAGUUUCUAGACGGUGCAAAGAACGGUUCAGAAAUAUUUACACCUGUGGAACUCGAAACACUGGAGAAGGUCAUAAAGGAAACAAAGGAGUGGAAGCAAAAGAUGGAGGAGGACCAAGCUCAGCUUAAGUUGUCUGAUACGCCUAAGCUUACAGUCAAAUCCAUAACGGACAAAAUCUCUCUCCUGGACCGGGAGGUCAAAUACUUGAUCAAUAAAGCAAAGAUAUGGAAGCCUAAGAAGAAAGAAGACACCAAAGAGAAAGCAGAAGACACGUCAUCUUCAGGAAGCAAAGACAAAAAUGAAACUACCACAGACAAAAAAACUGAAUCGGAUCAACCACUCCCAGACUCCACCUCUGAUGAUGGAGAAGAUAGGAGUCCCGACAUGGACCCCGAGGCCGUUCCGCUCCCGGAGGACAUGACGGGUGGUGCUGAGGAGGGCGGACCGGUGGUGCCCGAGCCCGAUUUGCCAGCUUCAGCAGACCCUCUGUCCAGCGACAAGAAAGCGGAUGUCGUAAAAGAAAAGGACGGGGAAAGCCACACAGAACUGUAACGUUUGAAGACUGUAGAGUUCCUUACCUCCACUGAUUUGUGGAAGGUGUGAUUUAAUUCCGGAAGAUUAAAACACUUCAUUGUCGCAUUUAGUGGCCCCGGUGUGGGGAGAGAAUAAAGGGACCUAAACUGUACAGACUUAAUUGUAAGGUGCGAGUGAGUGCGUGUGUGAUAUCUAUAUGUUGCACAAACCGUGUGUUUGUUUUUCUUUGGAGUCCUCACCUGCUGUUGUUCUCACCCCUAUUUUUAUUCUGUAUAAACAUUCGUCACAAUUAUUUAUAUUAUUUAUAAAAGACAUUUUUGUCAGCAUCCAGUUGUUUAAAAUUGGGUCAUGUAGUUAUACAAUGAUAUUUAAACAUUGUCACAUUAGAAGUGUGUGGAAUGUCUGCAAGUUUUUUGUUUGUGCAAUCUUGAGCACAUCUCACGUAACUGUGGGAGAGAUGUCUUUUUUUCCAGUGUCACAGGCUCACUCGCCUGUGCAUUUAUGAUAAAUUUUUCAUGUUGUUUGUCUUGUUGAGAAGUAGCAUCCUGUAAAUAUUCAUCUUGUGUGAUGUUAGUUGUCAUUGGCGUGAAACAAGUUAUCACUUGUAGAAUCUGUUGAACAAAAAUCAUGCAUACAACCAAUUUUGGCAGUGCACACUGCACCUCGUGUGUUUGCCUACCAGUUAUGUGGCAAGGAAAAUGUGUAACCGAAAAUUGUGCAUUGUGGUUUAUUUUGAGAAUUGCAGACAAAACAGAUGUAAUUGUUAUAUUUAUUCAGAUAAAGUGUCAACAUUUUUUUGUAUUGCUCUUAAUUUGAGUAAGUGUUUAACUGUUUGAAUAUCUGUAAGAUCUUUGCCGUGAAUACCUUAUUUGUACAUAUUUUGAUUUAAAUUCCUGUGUGUGUUGUACUUUUCCUUCAGAAAAUAUAAAUGUGGGAUCUCAAUGAUUA